GUCAAAAAGACAGAACGUGUAUAGUGACUUGGGACUCAACAGAAAAGAAAAGCCAGUAUUUCUGCUGAAAUGAGUGCAAGCUGUGGAGUAUGGUUAAUGCUACAGUUACCCAGGUUCUGAUCUGUUAAGUACCAACUCCAUUGUCAAUGAGGGAAGACACUGCCUGUGACUCUAAGGUGGGAACACAAUCCUAAUAUUGUUCAACAUGCGGAAAGGGGUACCAAAAGACCCAGAUAUAGCUGACCUGUUCUACAAAGAUGAUCCUCAGGAACUGUUUGUGGGUUUACAUGAAAUUGGACAUGGAAGUUUCGGAGCAGUGUAUUUUGCCACCAAUGCUCGCACUAAUGAGGUUGUGGCAAUCAAGAAGAUGUCUUACAGUGGCAAGCAAACAAACGAGAAAUGGCAGGAUAUUAUCAAGGAAGUCAGAUUUCUACGACAGCUGAAGCACCCCAACACCAUAGAAUACAAGGGCUGUUACUUGAAAGAGCAUACUGCCUGGUUAGUGAUGGAAUACUGCUUAGGAUCUGCUUCAGAUUUGCUGGAAGUUCAUAAGAAACCACUUCAGGAAGUGGAGAUAGCUGCUAUUACCGAUGGUGCCUUGCAUGGGCUGGCUUACCUGCAUUCUCAUUGUAAGAUACAUAGGGAUAUUAAAGCAGGAAAUAUUCUCCUAACAGAACCAGGUCAAGUGAAGCUAGCUGAUUUUGGGUCUGCAUCUAUAGCCUCUCCUGCCAAUUCCUUCGUGGGGACUCCAUACUGGAUGGCUCCUGAGGUAAUUCUGGCUAUGGAUGAGGGGCAAUAUGAUGGAAAAGUAGAUAUUUGGUCUCUUGGAAUCACGUGCAUAGAGUUAGCGGAACGGAAGCCUCCCCUGUUCAAUAUGAAUGCUAUGAGUGCCUUAUAUCAUAUAGCCCAGAAUGACUCCCCUACACUACAGUCAAAUGAAUGGACGGAUUCAUUUAGGGGAUUUGUUGAUUACUGCUUGCAGAAAAUACCUCAGGAAAGACCAUCAUCAGCAGAACUAUUGCGGCAUGAGUUUGUUCGCUGUGAGCGGCCUCCACGUGUUUUAAUAGACUUGAUUCAAAGGACGAAGGAUGCUGUUCGAGAGCUGGAUAACCUGCAGUAUCGGAAAAUGAAGAAAAUCCUCUUCCAGGAGGCCCACAAUGGCCCUCUGAACGAAUCUCAGGAAGAGGAGGAGGAGAGUGAGCAUGGGAUAAACCUGAGUAGGAAGAUGGACAGUCUGGGCAGCAACCAUUCUAUCCCCAGCAUGUCUGUAAGCACAGGCAGUCAGAGCAGCAGUAUCAACAGCAUGCAGGAGAUCAUGGAUGAGAGCAGCUCUGAGCUGGUCAUGAUGCAUGACGACGAGAGCACCCUUAAUUCUGCUUCCUCUGUUGUACCCAAGAAGGAUCAUGUAUUCAUAAGGGAUGAGGUGGGCCACGGGGAGAGCAGGCCUGAGCUGCGGCCUACCCACUCAGUCCAGAAUCAGGCCCUCCACUACCGGAACCGAGAACGCUUUGCCACAAUCAAAUCAGCAUCUUUGGUUACAAGGCAGAUCCAUGAGCAUGAGCAGGAGAACGAGUUGCGGGAACAGAUGUCAGGAUAUAAGCGGAUGCGGCGCCAGCACCAGAAGCAGCUGAUCGCCCUGGAAAACAAGCUGAAGGCUGAAAUGGACGAGCACCGCCUCAAGCUGCAGAAAGAGGUGGAGACUCAUGCCAACAACUCGUCCAUUGAGCUGGAGAAGCUGGCCAAGAAGCAAGUGGCCGUCAUAGAAAAGGAGGCAAAGUCAGCGGCAGCAGAUGAGAAGAAAUUCCAGCAGCAGAUUUUGACUCAGCAAAAAAGGGAUCUGACCAAUUUCUUAGAAAGUCAGAAGAAGCAAUACAAGAUUUGCAAGGAAAAGAUUAAAGAGGAAAUGAACGAGGAUCACAGCACACCGAAGAAGGAGAAGCAGGAGAGGAUAUCCAAACACAAGGAGAACCUGCAGCACACACAGGCUGAAGAGGAGGCCCAUCUUCUCAGCCAGCAGAGACUCUACUAUGACAAAAACUGCCGUUUCUUCAAACGAAAAACCAUGAUCAGGAGGCAUGAGUUGGAGCAGCAGAAUAUCCGAGAGGAGCUGAACAAGAAGAGAACCCAGAAGGAGAUGGAGCACGCCAUGCUAAUUCGGCACGACGAGUCGACGCGGGAGUUGGAGUACAGGCAGUUGCACAUGUUGCAGAAGCUACGCAUGGACUUGAUCCGGCUGCAGCACCAGACGGAGCUUGAGAACCAGCUGGAGUACAACAAGCGGCGAGAGCGGGAGCUGCACAGAAAGCACGUCAUGGAACUGCGGCAGCAGCCCAAAAACCUGAAGGCCAUGGAAAUGCAGAUCAAAAAGCAGUUCCAGGACACAUGCAAAGUGCAAACCAAGCAGUAUAAAGCACUCAAGAACCACCAGCUGGAAGUGACUCCAAAGAGUGAGCACAAAACUAUUCUGAAGAGCCUAAAGGACGAGCAGACAAGAAAGCUUGCGGUCUUAGCUGAGCAGUACGAGCAGAGCAUCAACGAGAUGAUGGCAUCGCAAGCGCUGCGGCUAGACGAGGCUCAGGAAGCAGAAUGCCAGGCCCUGCGGCUGCAGCUUCAGCAAGAGAUGGAGCUGCUUAAUGCCUACCAGAGCAAAAUCAAGAUGCAGACGGAAGCACAGCAUGAGCGCGAACACCAGAAGCUGGAGCAGAGGGUGUCAUUGCGCAGGGCACAUCUUGAGCAAAAGAUUGAAGAGGAGCUGGCUGCCUUGCAGAAGGAGCGCAGCGAGAGGAUAAAGAUUCUGUUGGAAAGGCAAGAGCGAGAGAUUGAAACUUUUGACAUGGAGAGCCUUCGAAUGGGCUUUGGAAAUUUGGUCACAUUAGAAUUUCCUAAGGAGGACUACAGAUGAGAUUAAAUUUCUUUUGCCAUUAAAAAAAAUGCAAACAAAAAUAUCUCAAAUCCCAACAUCCCUCCCCCAUGUUAACGGGUGUGCUCUCUCUCUUUCUGUCUCUCUUACUGACAUCACGUCGGACUUAGUGCCUGUAUAUUCUUACUCCAUCAGGGGGGCCCCCCCUCCCCGCCAAGUGUCACGUUCCAGAGCUGGACCACACUCAGCCGUCUUGAAUCUCAUAGUGUCUCACAGUAUUGAUGUCUCUGUGCAAUGAUUUUUUUUUAAAAAAAGAAAGAUAUAUUUCAGUGAAAACUUUGGAGACAAUUCUAAUGAAUCAAAAAAAAUGGAUGUAUGUUUGCUUUUGAGCAAUCACUCAUUUUUUAACUACCAAUCAGUGAAAAUACUAGCAAAAAAAAAAAAUUUUAAAAAAGAAGUCAAAUCCCCAGGGGGAGAGAGAUGGAUAUCGCAGCCUUACCUUAAUCAGCUGCUGCAUAAUGUUUAGUUUUUAAUUUUAUUAUUAUUAUUUCUUUUUCUUUUUUGGUAUUUAUUCAUCAGGAAUAA